AAGAGCGUUUGGUUUUUCCUGAUGCUGCGUGCAAUUUUACAGAAGAAGACAGUUAGGUGUGGCUGUUUCUUUUCCUUACUUAUUCCUUUUUUAUCUUUAUUUUUAUGUUAAUUUGAGCUCCAAAGCAAGCGCACUCCAGUAUAGAGAGCACAACACCAGAGUAUUGUGUUGUUCGGUUUUCAUUGGAGCAGACACGUGUGCAGAAUUACAUAAGCACCCACUGCGCUUGCGGCUUUUCUUAGCCACGUUGCCGCUCUACUCUUAACGUGCGCCCCUCCGCCGUACCCGCGACGGCACAGAUACCAACUUUUCCGAUCCGAUCGGCCAAACCCUAGGUCUCGGUGCUUCCGACACCCUCACUUCGCAUUCCAAUCCCAAUUCAAAUUCAGAUGAUAAUAUCAUGAUCUUCAAAUUGUAGAAAGAGAGAGCGAAUUCUAGGCUGUGACGACGACGACGAAGAUGCAGAGACGAAGUCCUCCCAAGCAUCGCCACGAUGGGACUUCGCCGCUGCCUCUCGGCAUGGAUUGGAGUCCUGCACCUAGAAAAUGGAAUGGACGGGACACAGUAUGGCCACACAAUCAUCGUACUGGUUGGAGUUAUUGUGUCACUAUACCUUCGUGGGUUUUCAUUCCAAAAUCAAGGAAUUCAGAUCCUAUAGUGUUCUACAGGCUUCAAGUUGGCGUACAGUCACCAGAAGGGAUUACAAAACUCCAUGGAGUAUUAAGAAGGUUCAAUGAUUUUCUAAAGUUGUUUGCUGAUCUUAAAAAGGAGUUUCCCAGGAAAAAUAUCCCUCCAGCACCACCCAAGGGACUCUUACGAUUGAAAAGCCGGGCUUUGUUAGAAGAGAGAAGGUGCUCUUUGGAGGAGUGGAUCACCAAACUAUUGUCUGACAUUGAUAUAUCAAGAUGUGCUGCAGUGGCAUCAUUUCUCGAUUUGGAAGCUGCUGCUAGAUCUUCAAUUCAAGAUGCAAGCCAGCAGAAUUCAGAAUCCGAUCCAGAUUCCAAUAACAGAGCUUAUUCAGUGCAAUCACCUCUCCACUCAAGCUUAUCAUUAGUUGCUGGCAGUUCGUCUGUGGCCUCAGAUUAUGGUAGUGAUACUGCAUAUGAGCCCUCUGACCUAGGAACUCCAAGAAUUGGACAGGACGAUAAUUCUGAAGUUGGCACAGAUGAUUUAACAUUAGAUGAAGAUAUGACCAAUCCAAUAGAAAAGCUUGUGAAAUAUGGAAUAUCAAAUAUUGACGAAGGUUUGUUUGUGGGUCAAACUAUUCUGGAGCAAUUGGAAGGCCUUCCUAGGCAUAAAGCAAAUGCCAGACAUGUGAACUAUGUUACAGAAAAGGACAAAAAUAAUGGUAAUUCAUAUAAUUCUUCACUUUUGGCUAAUAAUACCAUGGAGCUUUUCUCUGAGCCUGGGCAUGCCAAGGUUAGUAGUCAUGUUCGCAAGCUUUCAAACGAGAGUAUUGGAAGUGAUGGAAGCUCCAUAAGAGGCAGCGACAUGUCUAAUUUUGGGAUUCCAAAUUCAUCGGGUGAUGGCUGUCAUGACCUUCCUGGAUGUGCUUUAGUAUCGAGAGAAACAGAUACUAUGGGCCAUGCAAAGUUGAAGGGUACUGAUGAUGCUCAAUUAGUACUUCCCCUAGAUCAACGCAAUAAAUUGAACAGGAUUCUUUCGACAAUGCAGCGAAGGCUAAUCACUGCAAAAACUGAUAUGGAGGACCUUAUAGCUAGAUUAAAUCAAGAAAUAGCUGCAAAGGAUUUCCUUGCAACAAAGGUCAAGGAUCUGGAAAUAGAACUUGAAACUACCCGAGAGAAAAAUAAGGAGAACUUGCAGCAGGCUAUUCUAAUUGAGAGGGAAAGGUUUACCCAAAUGCAGUGGGAUAUGGAGGAACUUAGACAAAAGUCAUUGGAAAUGGAGAUGAAACUAAAGUUUGAAUCGGGUGGAAAUUCUAAUCAGAACUUGACAAAGGAAUCAAUUGCUCAGCAGAAUGAUGUAUUGUUGCAGAAUUUAGAUGCUACUAACGAGCAGCUGGAAAUCUUGUCAAAACAGUAUGGAGAGCUAGAAGCAAAAUCCAAAGCAGAUGUUAAAGUUCUGGUUAAAGAGGUCAAAUCUCUCCGUAAUUCUCAAACAAAGUUGAAGAAAGAACUUAAUGAGUCGAUAAAGGAAAACUGCGAAACUGAGAAACUACUACUUCACGAAAGAGAGAAGAGGGAGCAGGCAGAAGCUGCUCGGAAAAAACUGCUGGAAAAAUGCAGGCUUCUUUUCAACCGGCUUCAGGAGUGCAAUGUCAGUCUUCCUAAUGAAUAUGAAGAUAGGACAAUCGUGAGUUCAUCACCAUCAUUACCUGAUGCUUUUAAUCAAUUAACGACUUCUGAUGACCAAAUUGACAUCGUACUAGCGGAGGUAGAAAACUUAGAGAAGGACUAUGGAAGUGAGGCUUCCAAUGUAGAUAAAACCAAUGACAUAAAAGAUGGUGUAAUCUGUGAUGAUGAAAUGAGAAAGAUCAUAGCAGAUUUGUUCAUCGAUAAUGUUAGAUUGAGAAAACAGACAAACCGCGUUACAAGGCAUGCUCUCAAAUUGGACAUGACAGCAAGUGAUGAUUCCCCUUCAAUGGAAACUGUAACAAGUAUUUAAAAAAAUGUGGUUAUAUAUAUUGUUCUUCCGCAUUUGAUCCAGAUGCCACUAUUUCGAUCAUUUGCUGUUCCUAAUAGGUUAGUUAAUCUUAUACUGAGUCUGAAUGCAGUAGUUCCACUCGUGUAUUUCUACUUGUACGAGGUUUUACUUUGCACACAAAUACGAGCCUUGCACUACACACCCUUUUUUUCUUGUGAACUUAAAAUAACGAAAAGUUGGAACUCAUCCAAGGUGCAAUUCUGUUUGCUCAUGCCUUUUUCUUUUUUAUUCUCUAUUUUUGUUUAGUAAAGAAUGCAUUUUUUCGCUGUGG